AUGAAAAGAUCAACUGUCUCUUCAUUUGCCGCCACGCCAUAUUCGCCAAGAAUACUACUGUACUAGACUACUAUUGCUUACACGUUUUACAAUCUAUUUAAAACUUUGGCGCCGCCACAGCUAGCGUGAUAAAUUGUUGUCUUAAUUAUAUUGCUUCACAGGGAAAAGGGCAAAAAAGAUGGACAAUGUGAUCACGAGUCUGGCCCAGUCUGGGUUCGGUCCGGUGGUUGUAGCCCAGUUGGGUGAGAGCCACCAACCAAGGAUCGAAUCCCAGUCGUUACCAUUGACCGAUGAUGUUGGGCAGCCUCUCGCGGUCACGCAGUGGGAUUAGUUGGGGCGUACGGUAACCAGUUCUCGGUCCCAGAUACCCACUGUGCUGAAAAAAAAAAAAAAAAAAAAUGUGAUCACGAGUCUGUGUGAUGUGUUCCAGUGACCCCUCUAUCUAUCAUUCCAUUCUCCUUUCUAAUUCCAAAGCAAGAACCAAGCGCCCCCUCACAGUGGUCAGCCAGAUGGGAGUCAUUACCCUCUUAUUCCCAUUGUGGGAGUACAAAACCUCCCAACCAAACGGUGGCUAAUAAAUAAAUUGAGUCACGUGGUGUGCACGGGGACCGAGAACGACGGAAAUGGUCUUGGAAACGAAACCACCGGUUCCUUUUCUAUUAGUUAGAAGAUAAGUAAAUCACAAGUCCAAAUAAUUGCCGCCGUCUCCAUCUCUCCUUCCAUCAAUUCCAACAAUGGACUCAACCCCAUCAACCGAGGUGCUUCACGACCACCAUCCCUACUUUCGUGUAUACAAGGAUGGCCGGAUCGAGAGAUUUAAAGAGUUCCCCUACACCCCUCCGUCAGAGGAUCCCCAAACAGGCGUCAAAUCCAAAGAUAUCCUUAUUCCACCUGAGAAUAACGUUUCAGUCCGCCUUUACCUUCCCAGAACCACCACUCCUGAUGAAAAGCUUCCCAUCAUAAUCUACAUCCACGGAGGUGCUUUUGUGAUUGAAUCAGCAUUUUCUCGUGUAUACCAUCCCUACCUUAACUCCCUAGCAGCUGAAGCCAAGGCGAUUGCUGUUUCCAUCGAGUACAGACUAGCCCCGGAGCAUCCUUUCCCCGCAUGCUAUGAUGAUUCUUGGAUAGCAUUCGAAUGGGUUCUUGCACAUGCUAGUUCUGCACAGGGUCCUGAAGCGUGGAUCAGUAACCAUGCCGAUUUUGCUAGAAUCUUUUUGGCAGGUGAUAGUGCUGGAGCUAAUAUUGCACAUGACGUAAUGGUCAGGGCCAGUGAAAAAAUUGGACCAGGGGAUGAAGUAAAAAUCGCGGGGAUGAUUUUGGUCCAUCCCUAUUUUGGUGAUGGUAAGCCUGAUAAGCUUGAUAAGCUUUUCUCCCUCAUAGCCCCAGAUAGCAGCAUCUGUGAUGAUCCCAGGUUGCAUCCUAUGGCGCAUCCUGAUCUGUUGUCGAGGCUUGUUUGCAAAAGGGUCCUGGUCUUAACAGCGGAGAAGGAUUUCGUAAGAGAGAGAAGUUUGCUUUACUACUGCGCAUUGAAGAAAAGUAGAUGGGAUGGAGAAUUGGAAAUGAUGGAGACUGAAGAGGAGGGACAUUGCUUUCAUCUGCCUAACCCAACUUCUGAGCGUGCCAGGGUUUUGAUGAAACGAAUUGUUACGUUUAUCAAUCAGGACUCCUCGUAAAGGAUCCCCCACCAAGAGAUCUAUUUUCAAUCAUUGAAGAAAAUAAAAAGGAGAGAUAGAAGCUAUAGCUCUCCCUCCUUUAGUAGAAGUUUAAGAGAUUUUGCCGAACUCCAACUCCAAUUUCAUAACUUUUGUCUCACUUUCUGUAAUGUUCUUGUAGUAGAAAUUUCUUCUAUUAUUUUACUUUUUUUUUUCA